UCACGAGAGCCAACACCUGUUUCUCUGCUCUGUUGCUCGAAAUCAUUGAGUCGAAACUUUGAAUCCAACCAAAACAAUGGUUGGGACGAUGAUUACUAGUGCAGCUCAAUGCUGUCUCUCUGCAUCGCCCAGAAUUUUCGCCAAACAAACUCGGCCCGCCAUUCUUCCCAACAGAGUAAAGUUCCCCACUAUUACUUCGAUGCUUACUCGGAGGAGACUGCUUCCACUUUGCUUCUUCAAUGGCCGAAAAGACAAUUCCAAUUUCCCAGAAAAGGAAGAGACUGAACUUGAGUGGCCGAUACUCAAGCGAUGGGAGGUUCCAUGGGAGUGGCAAACAGUUUCAUUAACUUCACUUGCCUGUGGUUUAAGUUUUAUCUUGACAGGAUUGUUAGAGACGGCUGCUAUACCUUAUCUAGGAAUUAAUAUCGAGACACUAAAUUUGGACGAGAAGGCUGAGAUACUGUUUGUGGAUCAAAGCAUUACAACUAUAGUUGUGCUUGGCGUUUUGUAUGGUAUAGCCAACACUUUUGGGCCCCUUCCUGAAUACCUAUUCCGCUAUGAUUUGAAAGAACCUUUCAAUCUAAAGAAAGGAUGGCUCUUGUGGGCAGUGAUUGGUCUUGCUGGUGCUGUUAUUGCUAUUGGUUUAACAGGGGCUGCCAUGUCCUUGUUUCGUGGCGAGGAAUCUCAAAGGGAGACUGAUGCUUUAGUUCGCUUGCUUCCGUUGAUUGGAUCCUCGAGUAUCAGCACUGCUUGCUUGGUGGGCGUCACAGGUAUUCUGGCUCCAAUUCUUGAGGAGACAGUAUUUCGAGGGUUUUUUAUGACAUCACUGACAAAGUGGGUUCCUACGCCAGUUUCUGUAAUUAUCAGUGCAGCUGCAUUUGCACUUGCACAUCUCACUCCCGGAGAGUUUCCCCAGUUAUUUAUACUAGGGGCUGCUUUGGGAUUUUCAUAUGCUCAAACUCGCAAUCUGGUGACUCCUAUCACAAUCCAUGCUUUCUGGAAUUCGGGUGUGAUUUUACUUCUUACCUUUCUUCAGUUGCAAGGUUAUGACCUAAAGGAAUUGUUACAAGCAACUUGAUAAAGAUUUGAGAUUUUGCAACUGCUGAUGGCUUGGACAAUGAAGCUUUAUGGUGUAAAAUGUCGGACCAAGCGGCAUGGAUGUUAUAAUCACAUUCAUGUGUAAAAU